AUGCUGGGAAGGAUAUUAUCGUCGAUCCAGUGCACACUGGCGCAGGCACAACCUCAACCACAGCCACAGCCAAAAACGCAGCCAGACAACCACCUCAAUGUCUACAUCGGACCAGACUCCCUCCAGAAAUACUUCGACCCCGACUGCCAGCCUCCGCUCCCGCUGGUCGAGAUCCCCCGCCAUCUGAACCCGUUCUACGACGAUGGCGUGCGCAUCUACGCCAAGAUGAUGAGCAUGCACCCGGCCAACAACGUCAAGGCGUUGCCUGCUGACGGCUUAGCCCUGAACAUGCUGCAAUCCAGCGUCUCGCCCUCCACCCGGACCAUCGUCGAGUACAGCUCCGGCUCGACCGUCAUCUCGAUGGCCAUGAUCGCGCGCAUCUUCCACGGCAUCGACGACGUGCGCGCGUACCUGAGCAAUAAGACGAGCGCCGCCAAGCUGCGUCUGAUGCAGUUCUUCGGGCUCGACCUGACGCUCUUCGGCGGGCCAUCGCAGCCAGAACCGCUGGAUGAACGAGGCGGCAUCCAGAAUGCCCGAAUGCAAGCGCAGAAAGACGACGCCGUCGUCAACCCGAACCAGUACGAGAACGACCUCAACUGGCAGGCCCACGUCCGCUGGACGGGCCCGCAGAUCUUCAGGCAACUCCCGCACAUCAACGUCAUCUGCGCGGGCAUGGGCACGUCCGGCACGAUGACCGGCCUGGGCACGUACUUCAAGCAGACCAAGCCGUCCGUCUACCGACUGGGCGUGUGCACCGCGCCGGGGGAUCGAGUGCCCGGUCCGCGAUCGUACGCGCUGCUGCAGCCAGUCGAGUUUCCGUGGCGGGCAGCCGUCGACGCGAUCGAGGAGGUGGGAUCGUACGACUCGUUCCGGGUCUCGCUGGAGCUGUGUCGGGCAGGGUUGAUCUGUGGACCGUCGUCGGGUUUCAACCUGAAAGGACUGUGCCAGAUGCUCGACAAGCGCAAGCAGAGCGGCUCUUUGAGCGAUCUGGCAGGGCCCGAUGGACUGGUUCACUGCGUGUUUCUAUGCUGCGAUCUGCCGUACCAGUAUAUCGACGAGUACUUUUACAAGCUGGGGCCGGAGAAGUUCCAUCCGAUCAAGAAUGAGCGACUGACACAGGUCGAUCUGUACCGGUACGACGAAAGCUGGGAGCAGAAUCCCGCCGACGUGCUGGGCAGUUUCUUCGAUUCAUUAUCCUCGUUUCCCGUGGAUUCAGCUAUCAAAGCCAACUGUUCCGUCAUCGAUCUCCGCCAGGCAGCUGACUUCGAGACCUGGCAUCUCCCUGAUGCCGUGAAUCUUCCUCUUCGCAGUCUCGACGCCGACACGGCAUCGCCAUUCUUCGACCCGGUCGUGCUGGAGGCCCAAUGGCGGGAACUCGACAGCCUGUUUGGGUCUGGAUCUCCAGCACUGUCAGCCGUCAGCGGCCGCAGGAUCCUGCUCGUCUGCUAUGGCGGGGACACGGCGCGGGUGGCCGCCAGCGUGCUGCGAGCGCGAGGCGUUGAAGCGUACAGUGUUCGAGGGGGGUAUCGAGCAUUGGACCAGCAGCAGAAGAAGGGCACGGUUUGA